AUGCAUCAAGUUCGAUUUCAAUCUGACCAGACUAUUGCAAAUAUUCUGAUAGACGAGAGGCUUAACAAGACAAUGCUCACUAAAUUUUUCAGGGUUAUUGGGCGAAUAUAUACAGUCUCACCCACUGAAGGUGAGAAAUUUUACCUACGCAUACUUCUGAAUCAUGUCAGAGGAGCCACAUCAUUUCUAAAUUUAAUGACAAUUGGUGGCGUUUUGCAACCAACGUUUAAGGAAGCAGCAGAACAACAAGGUUUGUUAGAAGAAGACGACAGUAUUCGACAAUGUUUGCUUGAGGCCUUUACAAUUCGGAUGCCAUCGGCCUUAAGAAGAUUAUUUGUCACCAUUUUGGUAUAUUGUGAACCAGUUGGUGUCCGGACAUUGUGGGAUGAAUUCUAUCCAUUCAUGAUUGAAGAUUAUGCUUUCUCGAGUAACUUACGUUGCAAUGUUAUUGUGAACAGACUUUUACGUGACUUAAACACACUUUUGGUACAAUUUAACAAGAAUAUCAAGGACUUUGAUUUGCCCCAAAUGACAACAAAAGUAGUUUCUGCAAUGCCUAGAUAUAUUGAAGACGAACUCUCAAUAGGUGGAACUGGAAAAACUUACUUAUACCAUGCAUUGUUAGCAAACAUGAGAGGGUUGGGUUAUAUAGUAUUAGCAACAUCAACAUUUGGAAUAGCAGCUACAAUAUUACCUAGUGGGAGAACAACACAUUCUAGAUUCAAGAUACCACUUAGCACAGAUUCAUCAUCUACAUGUUCGAUCAGUAAACAAGCUAAUUUGGCAAAGUUAAUACAACAGGCAAAGACAAUUAUUUGGGAUGAAUUAACGAUGGCACAUCGUUAUGCCUUUGAAGCGCUAGAUCGAACUUUUAGAGACAUAAUUGAUGUUGACUUAACAUUUGGGGGGAAAACAAUGAUCUUUGAGGGAGAUUUUCAACAAGUACUUCCCGUUAUUCCUAAAGGAAAGAAGUUGGAACUAAUCCAGGCCAGUGUGGUAAAAGCAUUAUUUUAG